AACAAAGGCGGCGGCCGGCCGGCGGGCGGAGGCGACGCACACGGCACAAACGCUGGGGUGGCGUGCCGGGGAGCGGGCAGCGUGCCACGGCCCCCAAUUACUCAAUUCCUUCUCGCCGCUCCGCAGCCAACGACCAAACCACCGCGCAACAGCACGCCACCCUCCGUCAGUCGGGUCGGGGGGACAGCGACCGGCGCGUGCGCCAGCGAGGAGGCUGGAUAUAGAUGGAGGCGGGCAGUGCCGUGGGGGCGCGAUCCACUUGGGCACCAGCCGUCCGGGACCGAGACCGAGACCGCGCUCUGCCCCGCCGUGUCCGCUGCCGCGCCGCCGCCAUGCCGCCGUCCGUCCGCACGGUCUCCAUCCCCUUCGCCGACCUCAAGGAGCGGGGCAGGGACCUGAGCGGCAAGAUCGAGGAGGGGCUCGGCCCCGACGGGCUCGGCAUCAUCUCCAUUUCCGGCGUGCCGGAUUUCCCAGCUCUAAGGAGAACGCUCCUGCACUUGGCGCCGAAAGUUGCAAACCUUCCUGAAGAUGUGAAGAAAGAACUUGAGGACCCGGACAGCAGGUAUAAUUUCGGCUGGAGCCAUGGGAAAGAGAAACUUGAAUCUGGGAAACUCGACACAUUCAAAGGCUCCUACUAUGCCAACCCAAUUUUGGAUGUCCCUACUGCUGAUGAUGUCCUUGUAAGUAGGUAUCCAUCGUACUGCCGACCAAAUAUCUGGCCAGCUGAUCAUCUGCCUGAGCUUGAAAUAGCAUUUAAAGCUCUUGGAAAGCUAAUGUUGGAAGUUGGCUUGAUGUUGGCUCGUCAUUGUGAUCUCUACGUAAUGCAGCACGGAGUGGGACCAUAUGAUGGUGAAAGUCUUGAGCAGACAAUUUCCCGUUCAAGGUGUCACAAGGGGCGUCUCCUGUAUUAUUUCCCCAGACAAUUCAGCACACAAAAAGAAGAUGGUGAUUCUGUUUCAUCGUGGUGUGGAUGGCAUACUGACCAUGGGUCUUUGACUGGUCUUACAUGUGGCCUGUUUAUGAAAACUUCAGUGGAGGUCCCCUGUCCUGAUAGUGCAGCUGGGCUGUACAUCCGGACUCGUGAUGACCGAGUUGUUAAGGUUACAUUUGGGGAGGAUGAAUUAGCUUACCAAAUUGGGGAAACUACUGAAAUACUAUCAAGAGGUCGUCUAUGUGCAACUCCACACUGUGUACAGGCACCCAGCGGUGUGAAUGCUUCAAAUGUUGAGCGCUCUACUUUUGCAAUGUUCAUGCAACCAGAUUGGAAUGAGACGCUUAACUUUCCAAGUGAAAUUCCUUACCACCAAGAGUUGAUUCCACCAAACGGAGCGCUUACGUUUGGAGAGUACUCAGAGAGACUGGUGAACAAGUAUUACCAACUAAAGACGUGAUUCACGUGGAUUGUCAUGAUGAGGUGCAGAGUAGAAGAGGCGUUGGUGAAGACGCUGUGCUACCAGGAAACUAAAAUCUUCAACUAGUCGUGCCUGCAAAUACACUUCCAAGUCCCUAGAAAGCAUAGACAGAUUUAUAGAUAUACAUUACAUCAUUUCCAUACCAUGUUCGCUUGUAAAAAAGAUGCAAAAACGUGACCUCCUGAAAACUGUAUAAAAUAAGAUGAAAUUGUGUACAUGUAGUUUGUUAUAUAGUCCUAAUUUGUGCAUGGAAUGCUCUCUUUUUACACA